GGCUCUGUUUACGAACCGCGAAGAGCGUGUCGGAGGGCCACUGACUUGUCGGGCGCGCCUGCGUGAGAGUCUGCGUCCUUGCACUCCACCUCCUUUUGCUCGUCCCUCGAUGUGUUUUUGUGCUUUCCCUCCCCUCCUUCCCUGUGUCUUCACAGCGCGGAGAUAGCGGACCCCCGGCUGAAUGUCGGCGUCGUGUGAUUUAUAAAUAGCAUCCUCCUUCUUUCCUGCGCUGUGACUCCCAUACAGCAGCACUGUGGGUUUAGGAGCAGGAAUGCGAAGAUGGCUGCAGACCUGGGAGAGCUACUUGUUCCUUACAUGCCCACCAUCAGAGUUCCCAGAACUGGAGACAGGGUGUUCAAGAACGAAUGUGCCUUCUCGUACGAUACACCAGAGUCUGAAGGAGGUCUGUAUGUAUGUAUGAAUACUUUCCUUGGAUUUGGAAGAGAACAUGUUGAAAGACACUAUCGUAAAACUGGACAGUGUGUAUAUAUGCAUGUAAAACGUAUAAUAAAAGAGAAAGCCACAGGUGCUGCAGGAGGUGCUGUACCAAUGAGAAGAAAAGGAAAAAUGUUUUUUGAUUUAGAGCCUAAUUUCGACUUUAAUGGGGAGGACUACGAGUAUGAAGAUGAAGCCAAACUUGUCAUAUUUCCAGACCACUUCGAGAUCCCUUUACCAAAUAUUGAAGAAUUACCUGCGCUGGUGACAAUAGCUUGUGAUGAAGUUCUCAAUGCCAAAUCCCCCUAUAGAAGACAGGACCCUGAUUCAUGGGAAGAAGAAAUUCAGGUUUCAAAGCAUGCAAUCAGUUUGAAGCAACUUGACAAUGGAGUCAGAAUUCCUCCCAGUGGCUGGAAAUGUUCCAAGUGUGAGCUUCAGGAGAAUUUAUGGCUGAACUUAACAGAUGGCUCAGUCCUUUGUGGGAAGUGGUUCUUUGAUGGGACUGGAGGCAAUGGGCAUGCUUUGGACCACUAUCGGGAAACAAACUAUCCCUUGGCAGUCAGAGUUGGAUCAAUCACACCUGAUGGAGCAGAUGUUUAUUCAUUUCAAGAGGAGGAAGCAGUGAUUGAUCCUCAUUUAGCAGAACAUUUAGCACACUUUGGAAUAGAUAUGCUUCAGAUGCCAAAGACAGAAAAUGGUUUCACCUGCAGUGAGUUCAAGUCACGUACUCAUGAGUGGGAGGUUAUACAGGAAUCAGGGCUGAAACUGAAGCCAGUCUAUGGCCCAGGAUUCACAGGGAUUAAGAACCUGGGAAACAGCUGCUACCUCACUGCCACCAUGCAGGUCCUUUUCCACAUCCCUGAAUUCCAGAGAGCAUAUGUGGGAAAUUUACAGAGGAUAUUUGAUUAUUCGCCACUUGAUCCUACGCAGGACUUUAACACGCAGAUGGCUAAACUGGGACAAGGUCUUCUUUCAGGCCAGUACUCCAAGCCUCCUGUGAAAUCUGAACUUAUUGAACAGGUGAUGAAAGAAGAAUACAAGUCCUUUCAAAAUGGAAUUUCACCUCGAAUGUUUAAGGCACUGACAAGUAAAGGUCACCCUGAAUUUGCAUCCAGUAGACAACAAGAUGCACAAGAAUUUUUUCUUCACUUGAUAAACCAAAUUGAGAGGAACAGUGAAGGCACAGAGACCCCCAGUGAUGUAUUUAGAUACCUGGUAGAGGAACGAAUUCAGUGCUGUCAGUCAAGGAAGGUCAGAUAUACACAUAGGGUUGACUACCUCAUGCAGCUUCCUGUGCCAGUGGAAGCAGCAACAAACAAAGAGGAACUAAUUAUGUAUGAGGUUAAACGACGUGAAGCUGAAGUGAACAAAAGAAUGUUUCCUGAGGUGGUGAGAGCUAGGAUUCCUUUCAGUGCCUGUUUACAGGCAUGGACUGAGCCAGAAAAUGUUGAUGACUUCUGGAGCAGUGCUCUUCAGGCUAAAUCUGCUGGUAUCAAAACAUCUCGAUUUUCAUCUUUUCCUGAAUAUCUGGUUAUCCAGAUAAAAAAGUUUACCUUUGGCUUAGACUGGGUUCCAAAGAAAUUAGAUGUAUCUAUUGAUAUGCCAGAUUUGUUGGACAUCACUUUCCUUCGAGCCACUGGUUUACAACUUGGAGAGGAAGAGCUUCCUGAUAUUGCACCACCCAUUGUUAUUCCUGAUGAACCCAAAGAUCAUUUCAUGAAUCAUUUUAUGGACUCUCCUGAAAUCGAUGACUCGGCAGUUAUGCAACUUGCUGAAAUGGGUUUUCCACUGGAAGCCUGUAGAAAGGCAGUUUACUACACUGGAAAUAUGGGAGCAGAGGUGGCAUUUAACUGGAUAAUAGCUCACAUGGAGGAACCAGAAGGAAACAGUAACAGAAACCUGAGAAGUAAUCAGCAGCAGGACUUUGCAGAGCCUUUGGUGAUUUCCAGUUUCAGUGAGAUUGGCCCAUCAGGGUUUGGAACUGCUCCUAUAUUGGAAAACCAACCUCCAGAGGAGAGUGUUGCAAUACUUACAUCAAUGGGCUUCCCUAGAAAUCAGGCUAUUCGUGCAUUAAAAGAAACGAACAAUAACCUAGAACGAGCACUUGACUGGAUAUUCACUAACCCCAAUGGUGAAGAAGAAAGUGAAGCAGCUUCAGAUGUUGCUGAAAAUGAGGGGAAUACUAAUAGCAAUGAUGUCCUUACCAGCAAUGUGGCAGACAGUGAGCCUACUGGACCGCGUGUUAGAGACGGACCAGGAAAAUAUGAGUUAAUUGCUUUCAUUAGCCACAUGGGAACAUCCACGAUGUGCGGACAUUAUGUAUGCCAUAUAAAAAAGGAGGGCAGAUGGGUUCUCUACAAUGACCAUAAAGUGUCUCUGUCAGAAAGGCCACCUAAAGAUUUGGGCUAUGUCUACUUUUAUCAGCGGAUAUCCAGUUAAGCUCAAUUUCUUUCAGUUUAACACUGAAAGCAUCACCUUUUGCCAAAAAAGUGUAAUAUUAAAGACUGAACCUGAUUAAAUAGGGGAAAAGCUUUUAUUCUAGAAUGUUUUUUAAUUGUUUUUAAAUGUCGGUUUCAAAGAUUUAUAAGAUAUUUGUGCAAUCUAUUUCUUGAAAAUAUACAUAAUGCUGUACUUUACAUAUCUGAAGUUUAAAUCCCUUUUUUUAAUUUAUUUUCAGAGCAUCUUUAAAAUUUUGGAAGAGAUUUUCAAUUUAUUUGAUUGUUUUGAUGUUAAUUAAUAUUGGUAAAGAAGAUCAAACUAAAAAUGUCUGAACUUCCUGGGUCUGUUUUAGGCAAUGAUUCUUUAUGGACCAUGUUGAGACACAAUUUUCCAAUUUUAAUUUGAAAGUUUUUUUAUUUGUUUGAAAAUUGACCUUUUAUGAAAUACCUAAAAUCCCCUGUAGCAUGGGUACUUAAUAUUCAUCCUUUUAAAAAAAAAACCCAACCCUUUUGUCUUGGGACAGCUGGUUUAUAAAUUUGAAAAAAAUCUACAUUUCAUAUUCUGCUUUUAAUGGUUUUCUUACUGCCACAUUUCCCAUUUUUUGUAGUUUCAAUAAGAAUUAAGUAAAAUAUUACAACAUCUGAAAGUAGCCUGUUAUCAAAAAAACAAUGGAAUCUGUGCUUUUGAGGUCUUUUUCAUGAUAAUUAUUUGUUUUUCCCUUUUGCUCUUACUGAUUAAAGACACAUUACCUAUUUUGAGUAAUGCAAGAAAAUUAAAUUAACUAAACAUCCAGUUUUGGAAUAGUUGUUUUAGAAGUGUCAUAACACUGCAUAUUAGCAUUGGUCAGUUUUACUGCAGUAAAAAGCUUCAGUAAUAAAGAAAAAUCAUUAUAUAAGUAUACAAAUUGGAAGACUCUUAGCUCAGAAUAUUUCAGAAUGUUAUCUAAUUUAUUUGUGUGAGUAGUAAAAAAAGGAAUAAAUGUUUUAAAAGGAGUAUAUUGCAAGCAAACUGAAAUGUUUUGAGUACUGUGAGAAAACCAAAGUGAGUGAUUUAUAUGAUCUGUGUUCUAAUAUUGCUGAGAGGAAUACAUAAUUAUAUUUAAAAAACUAAUAAUACAAUUAAUUAUAAAAUUUAAUUUUAUGCCAAAUAUGUUUUGCUGUUUAAAAAACUGGUUUCUGAAUAUACAAAAUUGGAGUACACUUUAUUAUAUUUUUUUCUUCCUGGUGAAUAUAAAAAUAAUUUUCAGAUUCCUUACUCAGUUAGUACAAGGACAAGUUUUUCCCUUGUAUAGACCAAGUUUAUUAGUAUGUUAAUGUAUAUUGUUUGAUUUGAACUAUUGUAAUGCAAGCAAAUGUAAACUCUCAGCGGUAAUAAAUCAUCUCAAACAUACAGUAUUUAACAAGGCCCUGUUAAAACAGGAGAAUAUCACAGCCAAAGUACAUAAAUCCAUUGUAUCAUAUGUCCUGGAUAUUUUUUAGAUUGUUUUGCAUUGAUCAGUAGUGAAGGUCUGGGUACUAAAAGUCUGUAUAUUUGCACCCAUGUAAAAAAAAUGUAAUGUUAAAGGACAGUUUCUUCACAUUUGAUGCUGUAUUGAUUAACUUACUAGAAGGUACACUGAAGUAUAAAAAAUAUAUUUUUAAAGUGAUGAGUAAAUAUGUGGAUCUAGGUAUAUUUAAAUGAUUUUUUUUCCAUAGAAAAUCCUAGAUACCUCCAACACAGAUAUCACUGUAAAUAUCCUUCCUUUUAAUAUUUUUUUUUUUACUUUUCUCUUUAAUUUGUACUUUAGUUCUAAAAAUAACUGAUUUUUUUAAGGCAUUAGCCAAUAAUAUUUUCAUAAGUCAACUGUAAAAAACAAACAAAAAAAAAACUAAACAUUAAUUUUUCUGCCUUCGAUUUUUGUUGGACUAAACUUCUUAUGGUGCUGUGUACAUCUGUAAACAGAUAUUACAUUUCAUAAUACUGGAACUUCAUUAUUGCCUUUAAACAAACCGCCAUUAUAGUUUCCCAACUCCAACUGUGGAUCUAGAUAAAUAUUUUGAAAUGCAUACAAUUCUAGUUUAUAUUUGUAAUCAUUUCCCAAGUUGCUGGCUUUUUUAGUGCUUUGUAACCUGCCAUCUUUGUUAAAGCUUCUUAAAAAUGUUUUGUUUUGUGUAUGCUUUUCAGCAUUAUAAGAUGAUAUUCAGUCACCAUAAAACAUUAUAUAAACAUUAUACAACAUACCUAAAAGAAUAAGAAAUAUAUCAUGAGUGACAGGGUAGCACUGUGCCUAUUGUACUUUGCUUUCCUAAUUAAUCCUAAUUAAUCAACAAAGAAAACUGUAUUUAUAGUUACCCAAUGCAAGUAGGUAUUUUUCCUUGUUGUUGUUUUAUAUCAUUUAGCACCAUUUAAAAUUGUCCUUUGCUUACAUAAGAUUUUUAUAGUUAAAGAGCUUUCAUCUUUCUAAAAGUACCCAAAAUGUAUUGUCAUUGUCAUUAUCACAAUGUGCCAGGUAUUAGUUUGUCUCUAAUUUUGUUCAUCACUUACUUCUCCAUUUAUUAUACUUUCCAUUCCCUCAUAAAGUGCAUUACUUUUGAUGUAAGUUUCAAGAUUUAUCCAUUGACCUGUCUUUAGUCAACCAAAUGUAGAUGUUCAAGACACCAUUAUGUACAUUUGUUUGACUUCUUUAAAUGAAAAACCCUGUUUUUUCUGAAGUUCUUUUAUACCAUUUAUUGCAAUUUUUGUUGUAUUUUAAACAUUGUUACUUGCUUUUUAUUUUGUAAUCAGAAACCACUUACUGUGUAUUUUGCACCAACAGAAUCAAAUAGCUGCUAUCAGAACUCUUCAGUUUUUAUUAUUUAUUAUUCUUGAAGCCUAAAUUUUAUGCUGUGAAGGUAAUGAGAAAGGCAAAGGGAAAAUCAAAGUCGCAGUUUAGUGAAAUUUUAUUACAUUUUAAUAAAAUGUACUGAAGUAUCUGUAGGUAGUAUUCAAUUAACUAUACUUUAUUAGUUAUUAUAAAAUUAUUCAUUAUGCUUAAUAUGGUAUAUAUUUAAUUUAUACAUAAUUUUCACUUCUACUUUUGGUUUAUUGGACGGAAAAAACUCCUCAGUUUCUAACAGAAUUUUAGGUUUUAAUUUCUGUGUCUUUCCCCACAGAAUUUGUAAAUUCUAUGCAGUUUAAACAUUUAGCUCACUAUGCAAUUACUUGUUUUCUAGAAGAAUGCACAGCAUUAUACUGUAUGAUGAUAAUGUUCUUCUCCCAUUAUCAAACUCAAUUGGUUCUGGUGUAGAUUUUUUAAUGCUUAAAAAAUGUUUAGUUAAAGGGAGGAUACUUAAUCUUUGAUAUUAUAUUUUUUCAUGUUUAAUAUCAUGUAAAAGCUGUGUAUCCUGAUUGAAAACACAAUUUAAAAUAUUCCUUGUUACUAUAUAUUCUGCACAUGCACUAAAGUUUGAUAUUGAAAUGUCAAUUGUACUUUUUUCAUAGAAAUGAAUGCAGAAACAACAAUAUGAACAAUAUUAUUGUGUUCAUAUUUAUUGUAAUCAUCAGUAUUAAUCUUAGUGCUAUUUCUUUUAGAAGCAUAUAUUUGUGCCUGUUUAAUUGCCAAAGUUUCUUUAAAUAGUAGGUAACACACAUAUUAAAUUUUAAAGUUAAUUUUUUUUUAUAAUUUUCAGGAGUUAAAUAAAUUUGCACAUUUUUGGAAUUGUAAGUAUCUUAAAUAUUGUUUUGCUUAUUCAAAGAUUGUUUCAAAUCUCCACCUUUGUCAAAAUAAAAAUAUUUCUUAAUAGCUGGAAAUUUGUGUAUUUGAGACAUAAUCCCUGAGUGUCUACUGAUUAGCAGUCAUGGGACAAUUCACAAAAAUAAAGUAUUUGGAAAUCUCA